AACUACUCCGUCACUUUGUUUGCAAAGCUCCUCCUCGAUCCAUCGAUCACUGCACCGGCCGGCGGCACCGCGCUCGCAGGGGCUAGCCAACGAGACGGCAGCAAUGGCGGACCGUGACCGCAGCGGCAUCUACGGCGGCGCCCACGCCACCUACGGGCAGCAGCAGCAGCAGGGAGGAGGCGGGCGCCCGAUGGGUGAGCAGGUGAAGGGCAUGCUCCACGACAAGGGGCCGACGGCGUCGCAGGCGCUGACGGUGGCGACGCUGUUCCCGCUGGGCGGGCUGCUGCUGGUGCUGUCGGGGCUGGCGCUGACGGCCUCCGUGGUGGGGCUGGCCGUGGCCACGCCGGUGUUCCUGAUCUUCAGCCCCGUGCUGGUCCCCGCCGCGCUGCUCAUCGGGACGGCCGUCAUGGGGUUCCUCACGUCGGGCGCGCUGGGGCUCGGGGGCCUGUCCUCGCUCACGUGCCUCGCCAACACGGCGCGGCAGGCGUUCCAGCGCACCCCGGACUACGUGGAGGAGGCGCACCGCAGGAUGGCGGAGGCCGCGGCGCACGCGGGCCACAAGACCGCGCAGGCAGGCCAGGCCAUCCAGGGCAGGGCGCAGGAGGCCGGCGCCGGGGGAGGUGCAGGUGCCGGCGCUGGCGGCGGCGGCAGGGCUUCCUCGUAAGCAAGUCAUCCAUGCAUGGAUUAUGGAUAGAUGCGCGCGUGCGUGUCUAUCAGUAUCAGCAGCCAGCAGGGUCGUCGCGGAAUGCUGUGUUCCUGUACGUGUGGGUGACCGUCCUUCCGUCCUUCGUCUUUCUCCCCCCGAGUGUGUGUUACGUAUGUCCUGGUGUUCGUCGUGUGUGUUCAUCGCCGCUCCAGUUGAAUUCCGGUGUCUGUUCAUCGCCGCUCCAGGUCGUAGAUGUGAAUAUACUUUGCUAGGGGAAUAAGUGAUAAGUCUGUCUGGAAGGUAAUGUUUGAGCUUUGCUAGUGUGGCUGGGCACUCUGGUCACUGGUUGUGUUGUGCAUGCAUCAGCUGUAUGAUCGUCGUCUGUUGUGGAAAAUUGGUCAAUGUAUUCUCUUGCUGAAUAAUUUGUGACAUCUAAUUGUUAUGUAUCGUCUCUUUGCUGAAUAAUCAGUUUCUGAUUUAUCUUGCAUUA